AGUUUCCGGAAGUGUAACUGGUGCUCAACACGGAAGAGUCAUUUGUUUAGGUUUUAGUUUUAUCAAGACGCUUCGAUUUUUUCUCGCUAACAGUUGGAUAUUUUGUGUUUCUUUUAAUUAUCAAGAUGCCUUUAUUCGCCCAAAACCCAUUUGACCAAGAUGUCGAAAAGGUAACCAAUGAAACUAACACGACAGAUGACUGGGGCCUUAUUAUGGACAUAUGUGACAGAAUUGGAACAACACCAAAUGGACCAAAAGACAGCCUGAGAUCUAUAAUGAAAAGAGUCAACCACAAAGUGCCCCAUGUUGCAAUGCAAGCUCUCAAUUUGUUGGGGGCUUGUGUGGCGAACUGUGGCAAAAUCUUUCACCUGGAAAUCUGCUCCAGAGAGUUCGCCAGUGAAGUCAAAAGUGUUCUAAACAAGGCGCAUCCUAAGGUGAGUGAGAAGUUGAAGGCGCUGAUGGUGGAGUGGUCAGAGGAGUUUCAGAAAGACCCACAGCUCAGUCUGAUCUCAGCCACUAUCAAGUCUCUGAAGGAGGACGGAGUCAGCUUCCCCUCAGCCUCUGCUCAGCAGGGGUCCAGUUCAAAGGUCACUGCUCCAGCUGCAGCCAAAACAUCAGAGGAGGACGACCUCGCCAAAGCCAUUGAGCUCUCACUGCAGGAGCAGAAACAGCAGGCCGAGACACGCCCCCUCGCCGUGACCUCCGACCCCCCGGCCUACAGCACUGUUGCCGCAGCUACGAAGGAGGCGCUGAAAGUUCGGGCGCUUUAUGACUUUGAAGCAGCAGAGGACAACGAGCUUACAUUCAAAGCAGGAGAACUUGUGCUAGUUUUAGAUGACAGUGACCCAAACUGGUGGAAAGGAGAGAACCACAGAGGAGUCGGACUUUUUCCCUCAAACUUCGUUACAACAAACCUGAACACUGAACCUGAACCAGUCCUUUACGUUGACAAAGCUAGUACUCCUGAACAGACGAGCCUAGAGACCAAAGCAGAGCCAGAGCCUGUUUUUAUCGAUGAGUCAAAGAUGGACAGGACGCUGGCUCUUCUACAGAAUGCAGACCCAGCAGAUCCUAGCCCAGACUCCACAGAGCUGCUGCAACUCGAGGGAGCUUGUGAACAGAUGAACCCACUGAUUGAUGAGAAAUUGCAGGAAAUUGACAGAAAGCACUCAGAGCUGUCUGAGUUGAAUGUGAAGAUGCUAGAGGCUCUGGAGCUCUAUAACAAACUGGUGAAUGAGGCGCCGUAUUACACUCCAUACUCCAAACUGCAUCAGCCACAGUACGCUCCCACGGCAAACGCCAUGUCCAUGCAGCCUCAGUACUUAGGCCCAGCCGGAGCUCCGUACAUGACCACAGCGAUGACCCAAGGACCUCCCACACAGACCUACUCUCUGCCCAGUGACCAGCCCUCCUCACUUUGCUCUCUACCGGCUAACGCUCCCCCCUCCAGCCAGCCACAGCCCUACAUGAGCAGUGCUAUGAACCCUCAGUACAUGACCCAGGCCCCAUACGCCCCUCAGAACAUGGACAUGUCGAACUACCACCACAACCCCCAAAUGCCCCCCGUGUCCUACCCCAUGGCCCCCCCUCCUCUACAGACCCCCCCACAGCAACAGCAAGCAGUCUACUACCAACAACCCCUGCUCUAAAACCUGCCCUCCUGUCUGUUUCUAUGUGUGGUGAGUGUAAGAGUAUACCGUAUGUCCCUUUAUGAUGUUUGAGACAGUUGUAAUGCCAUCAAGAGUGGAUAUUGCGUGCAUGUUUUUGGACAAUCGCACGCAAGGACAAUUUUUAUUCGCCCAGUGCUGGUUUUCUAUAAUAUCUUGAUGUAGAAGUAGCCACUAGGGGCGUCAAAUUCAUUCUACAACAGCGCAAUGGCAAGAAAUACAUAUAGUUUGCAUAUGAUUGUCUAAUUUGUUUUGCAAAUGGUUGAAAGAGCUCUCAGAUGGGGUAUUAGGGGAAAAGUCUAUUGGCAUAAUUUCAGUUUAAAGUGUACCUAUAAGUUAAAGUGUACCUUAGUUUUUAUGCAUUGGGGGGCUGCUAGAAUUUUAGUCAAUUACAAAAAUCAUUAUAAUAAAUGACUCUACCAAGCCACAGUGGUCAGACAUCACAACAAAAAUAGCACUUUCUUUUAUAUUUCUUUUACUUUAAUUGAAUUACCAUGAUGACAGUUGAUUAUUUAAGACUUUAUAGCUCUCAUAUACAGGAUUAAAAAUUACAUGUGAUUUUACCAUCUGUAUUGCCUGUAGUAGAUUGAGAUUGAUAUGGUUAUUACUUUGCCUGGAUAUUAUUAAUAAUAUUCCACAAUAUGGGAUUUACUGAAAAAUGUUCAUUCGUACUGUGCGUGGGGGAAAUUAGUCUAUAGUUUUAAAACGGUGACAGCAAAUACAAUGAAUAUAGUUUCAAUAAAAAUCUGCCCAGUUGACACCAGUGACCCAGUUCAUUUUAAAUACAAUAUAAUACAACACAGUAUAAAGAAUUUUCAAAUAUGACUACAUUGAAUGGUGAAGUAGCCUUAGACUUGGCUUUUGAAUAAAUAAAGUAUCUUAUUUCACUAAAAGUUGUGUACUAUGUCUGUUGAUUCAUACGUCUACUGCUGGCAAUAUAUGAUACUGACAAUAAAACUUACAUUACAUUCACAACUCAUUGAACCAUUUUUGUCCCAAUUUAACUUCCCUCCUCUUGUUUUUAUGUCUAAUAUAUUCUUGUUGAAGCUGCUACAGUUCAUUAAUAUUGUCCUCUAUAUUUUUAGCCCCAUUAACACUGAACAUAACCUACACUUUUGGUCAACAUGAAAGGUUCUCGGGCCUCAGUACCUAUCUUUGGACAUUUUCUUCUAGUAGCAUAGAUUUCUCCUGAACACUCUAUUUAAAGGUGCAGUUUGUAACUUUUCUCAUGGAGUGUCCGCCACCAACUUGUCCCCAUGGAGACGUUAUUGCUUUGCCUAACUUGGCCUAGUGGCACCAGUUGCUUGUUUCUAUUAUGGGUACAUUUUAAGCCAUACUUUGUAACAUUCCAGGCUCAGCAAUGCCAUCUCCAAGGAGACGAGCAGGUGACAGCCCCUACACCAGAAAAGUUACAUAGCGCACCUUUAAUAACAGCAUUGGUUCUUUCCAUCAAACGCUGCCUUUCCAAUAGCUGCAUUCAGAUAUUUAACAGUUUUGUGUGUGUGACUGAGUUGGGUUUUAUACAUGCAAAGAUAAGCAAGGAUUUUUCUACAUCUGUCUUCUAAAAUGUUGAAAAUGUCAAGCAAUUUCCCCUUUAAAUAUAUGUACCUAUCUAUGAAUUUGCCUUCUAUUUGAAUUAUGUGUUAUGGCAAAUAUAGGCGUUUGUUGUUAGCUUAUAUGAGUGUACUUUGAAUGUUUAAGACGCAGUUGUAAAAAUGCUAUGGUUAUAUGAAGAAUGGGCGGUGACAUGUUGCUUGCUGGGUUGCUGUCCUUAUUUGAAGUGUACAGUUUUUUUGUAAAUUGGGGUCUAUUAAAUACUAAGAUAUGUUUGUUAUUCUAUAUGAUUGGAUACAAGUGUGUGGAGUUGCAGAAAGGGCUGUUAUAACAGGAUUAGUGUUCCAAGGUGAAUAGUUAAAGGGCCCAUUUUAUUUUAUUUUAUUAUCUAUGUUAUAAUGUUGUUUCCAUAUCCAAAACAGUUUCAUUUACACUUCAUUUGUUUUUGUCAUUCACACAGGUUUACCACACAAACCCUUCAUAUUUAAGCUGAGUUCUUUUCUCAAAACAGAAACACUUGCAAAUUGUGAUGUCGUGCGGUAAUAGAAAGUGCUCCACUGUGUUUAAACUUCACACGUCUUCAUUAGAAUCAUUUGGAGCUCAUUUCAGCCCUAGAAUUGCCAAUUUCUACCAAACAAACAAAUAAUAGUUCAGUAUUCUUAACUAUAUUUCAAUAAUUUAUUUUAAAGCUGUGAUUUUUAGCUGGUGGGAUUUGCCCCAAUAAGUGGAUAUUAAUGAUGAUAUUUGAAUAUGUAUGAAAUGUGUAAAAUAUCAAAAUUUACAUUGCCCAUAAUUCAUUUAUCAUUUAAGUUAUGUAUAGAAAUAUCCAAUAGGGACCAUAUGUGCACCUUUGUUUAAUUUAGGCUCUUUGUAAUUUCUCCUGUCUGCUUCUCCAAAUGAUAUACCAAGCAAGGGCUGCAACAACUGGGAAAUAUCUAUACCAUCUUAUAUAUAUUUGAAUUUUAAAUAUUCAAAUUCACAUUUUAAAUACAUAUAAUAUCUAGUACUUGAGAAAAUACUGAAAGAUGAACUGGUAGACUAAUAGGAGAAUUGUGUGCAUUUCGGAACAUGUUUGUGGACGUCUAAACCACACGGACCCAAUAGAGGAUGCAAAAGACAAUGUAUUACCUUAAUAAAUGCUGCCUGUAUGCUUCUCCAUUCUAAUUUAAACUGAAUUGUCUUGCAGCAGUCUUACCAAAAAUCACACGUAAUUGUAUAACUUAGUAUCUUUUUGACCCAAUUUACAAAAUGCUAAACUAUUGCUACUUUUUCCCCACUGUUUAUGUCUUAUCCCCAUCUGUCAGUCCAUUAUAUGUAACUUCAUGACAUUUUGCACCUUAGCUUUGUGAACUUAUCUACCACUGGAUGCCUUCUUCUUGUUCUUCUGUAGAAAUCGAACUUUACUUUGGAGAGAUGCUUCGGUCAGAAAUGUAUAAAUCUGUAUAUUUAAAGUAUGCUAGAAAAAAAACAAGCAGGAUUUUAAAACCUUAUGCUUUUGUAAUGGCAUAGAAUAAUAAUUUGAAAUAAAAAAUGUACAAGAGUG